AUGCCGAACGCCGGAGGACUGACGGACAGGGAGGCUGCAAUCGAUGCUAUCAUUCGAUUUGUGUGCUCACUCGACAAUGGCGAGUCGGAGCUUUGCGCGUCAGCCUUCACUGAGGAUGUAGUGGUGACACUCAACUUCAGCAAAGUCGGCAUGCACUACGAUCCGGUCGUCGGCAGGGACAACGUAGUCAACAUCAUGAUGAAGCAGGUCGGCAAACCACUCGAUACGACUCACAGCGCGACCAACAUCCGCUGCACCGUCACUGGCGACUCAGCAGAGCUGACGACCUGUGUAUUGGCACAACAUUUUCGUGGCGGCGAAGGCCCGAGUCCAGAGUUCCAGGAUUACUACUUCUUUGGCAAUCAGUACAAAACAACCUUGGUGAGAGCAGGAGAACUGUGGAGGGUCAACACGUUGGAGAUCACGCCUGCCUGGACUCAAGGAAAUCCAGAUGUGAUGAAGGUAUAGGU